AUGUUUUCCAAAUAUUUUUGGUUACUACCACUAUUCGGAUCUAUAUAUUUGUUAUACUCGCAUGAUUAUCUGAACGAUAUAAAACUUAAAGAUUUUAUGGAAAGAGGACUAAAUAUUAUUGAUAGCAUUUAUUCUGGUCUAAACAGAAACUCGAAAUCAGUUCCAAAAGCUAAUACAGAACGAAAAAUAUUUACUCCGAAUGAACUCAAGAAAUAUACAAAUUUGAAGGAUGGUUUAUAUAUUUCAAUAUUAGGUCAAGUUUUUGAUGUCACAGAAGGUGCAAAACAUUAUGGGCCUGGUGCAGCUUAUCAUGUCUUCACUGGUCGUGAUGCUUCGUUAGCUUUUAUCACAGGAGAAUUUGAUGAUGAAGGUUUAACAGAUGAUAUUUCUUCAUUAUCUGUGCAACAAAUUAAGGCACUAAAUGAUUGGCUACAGUUCUACAAUGAAAACUACAUUUACAAAGGAAAAUUGAAUGGUAGAUACUACAGUGAAGAUGGUACUCCAACUGAAGAAUCUUACAAUGUACAAAGAAUGUUAAAACAUGCUAAGGAAAGAGAAUCUGAAGAGGGACAUAGAAAACGGAUGUUCCCCCCAUGUAAUGUAGAAUGGAAUCCUGACUCUGGAACUGUAGUAUGGUGUUCCAAAAAAAGUGGGGGAAUAGAAAGAGAAUGGUUUGGUGUACCACGAAUGUUAUUUGAAUCUCCAAAUUCGCAACAAUAUAGGUGCGCAUGCGUUAAACUCGAUAGUAAAGAAUAUGAGGAAACGAAAGGAAUGCUUAGAGAGUAUAGUGGUUGCCCAAAAACUUCGAUAAAAUGUGCUGUGAGGACAAAUAAUACAUAGCAAAAAAAUGUGUAAUA